AUGGAUAUCUCCAACUCUUCUCUUCAGCUUCAAGACAGCGGCGUCUUCCUGUUUGACUGCCAGAGCUUUCUGGAUCAGAGUAACCUCACGUCUGAUGUCGGCUACUACAGCGCCAGCGGCAGUCUGUCUCCGACCUCCUCCAUCGAUUCCUGUGGCUUCUCUCCUCCAGCUUACACUUGUGGGGUUGGACCGGAUAUACCACAGAUCCUCCAGCAUGACAGCACUCAGGUGAAGAGAAAGACCGGACGGCCAAGGUCAAAAUUCCCUGGAGUGAAACGGGAAACUGCGAGCGAACGGGAGAAGUUGAGGAUGAGGGAUCUGACCAAAGCUCUUCAUCACCUGAGGACCUACCUGCCUCCGUCAGUGGCUCCGGCGGGAAAGACCUUGACCAAGAUUGAAACGCUGAGACUCGCUAUCCAGUACAUCUCCGAUCUGUCCGAACAACUUGUGAUAAGCGAAGAUGAAGCGCGUCUGGGAGUUUCUUCAGAGCAGAUACAAACCGGUGACACUUCACCGAGCACAUUUAACCAAUUCACAGAAGAACCAACAGUUAUAAAAAGAUUACCAGCUCAACAGUUUCAGCCCUGUUAUCAGAACGCAGAUGAUUUCCUCGCAUUUCAAUCACAAGAGUUUUGGAUGCGCCAGCAGCAGCAUUUCUUCAAUGGACAUUGUUGA